CUAUCGUCCCUUAGUUCGUCUCCUUUUCUCUAUUUAUCCCCAAUUUCCUGUUAGCAGCUUUCACUACUAAGCGCGUAAAUCCUCAUCCUAAAUAAACAAACCCGCUAUGGGCAACAACAACGACUUCUUCUGGGCAGGGGACCGCAAUAUCCUCAACAGGCCUCGUGUGGCCACCUCCAACACCGUUGCUUCGCUGGUGGUGAGUUUGUUCAGCCAGGCCAACGACGAGUUCCGCAAGUCCAAGAAGAGAAAGAUCCAUGUUUAUGGCGAAGAAACCAGGCCCAGUCCACCCAAACUGCCCGCUGGCCGGUUCCGUGCACUCCAAGCGUUGGACGUCAACGUUGUUGCGCCUGUGUUAGAAAAAGGAAGGCAUAGCAUCGACUUGGUGGAUCUGAAUCCACUGGCUUUGGUUGUGAAGCCUGUGGAGCCUGUGGAAGCAGUCACAACCAGAACCUCCAGCAUUCCCAUCAGCUUUCUUGUGGACGCUGCGAGAUCGAGUCCUGUCCCUUCAUUCGUUGGUCACGAUGUUGAAAACGACGACGAUGACGACGAUGUGAUUUUGGUGGGCGCUGACCCCGGACCAGCUCCCGGUGCUCGUGAGUCGCCUGAUUCCAUCACAGACAGCGAAGAGGAGCCUGAGCUUCUUUCGAGCUCGCAGCACAGGGUUCAGCGACCUGAAAUGGUGCCAAUUGCGUCUAUUGGCGAUGCUCUUGGAGAUACGAGCUCCCAGUUGAGCAAUUGCAACUUCCAUGCCGAGGACCUCUCUGCCAGCGCUGGCGACGAGCACUUUGCGUACGGCGACUUCCACUCGCAGACAGCCACCCAGGAUCGAGCCGUGCCCGAGUUGACAGAAAUGGAGGACCCGCUCGAUGGGGUGAUCGAGCAGGAGGAGCCUGUUCCAGAGUCGCCUCAGAUGGUGGUGACGCUCAAGUUGGCGGAGAGCGUGAGGAAAACGAAACCAAUACCGAGACAGAACUCAGUGCUGGGGAACGAAGAGUAUUUGAAGGAAAUGUCAGAUAUACAGAAAAGCCAGGAAGAAACGGACUACCAAGCAGAUGAGCAGGGUCCGAGUGAAAGCAUUGAUGUCAGUUCCGCUGGAUGCUCGAGGAGCAGUCUGGAAGAUGCCACUGGAGACUCGACCAUUAGUCUUGAAAAAACCGGGAGUAGAACUGAGACUACAACAGAGACUACCACUGAGACUACCAGUGGAGACUCGAGCAUUAUUCCUGAGAAUUCUGAGACCACGACAGAGACUACUACUCGAGACUCAAAGAGCAGUCUGGAUUUCCCUAACCAAUGCACGGCAUUGGAACCCAUGCAGAACGAAGACAACACCAAAAUACCAGCCACCAACUCCAGGCGACUCAAAGGAACUAGUUUGGCAGAUAUCUGUGGCCGAACCAGCCAGGCCCGAGUCCGUGCACGGGUGGGGCUCUCCAAAAGGGUCAAAGUGGAUCCAUUGCAUCGCAUACAGCGCAAAUAGAUAGACGAAUCAUGACAUAGCACAGGAGAACUGUAGGAUAAUUAGGGCAAACUGGCCAACACGAAGCAUGCGUGGGUGUGAAAUGGUUUCUG